CCACGGUGGUUCGCCACUCAAUUUCUCGCCAAUUUGAGUCCGGCGCACCGCCACCGACCGUGCCUUCCUCGCCCACCCCACCGCCGCGGCACCACCGCACUGACCCAAUCACCAGCCCUCAACCCCGUCCGAUCCCCUAAAAAUUCGCCAAAUUCCCCCCGAAAUCAACGGGCCGUACCCGCACCGCGGCGAUGGAGCUGGCAUCGACCGACCUCGCGGCGGUGGGCGCGGCGGAGCUGGUCCGCGUCUCCGCCUCGAUCCCGCGCGCCGCGCCGCGCACCUUCGCGCUGCUCACCGCCUGCCUCGUCUUCCCGCUCUCCUUCGCGGUGCUCGCCCACUCCCUCUUCACCCACCCCAUCCUGCUCCACUUCCAGAGCGCCAACUCCGACCACCACUCCGAUUCCGCGCAGUGGCUCAGGCUCUUCGCCUACCAGUUCCUCUACCUCAUCUUCCUCUUCACCUUCUCCCUCCUCUCCACCGCCGCCGCCGUCUUCACCGUCGCCUCUCUCUACGCCGCCAAGCCCGCCUCCAUCUCCUCCUCGCUCGCCGCGCUGCCGCCCAUCCUGCCCCGCCUCCUCCGCACCUUCCUCUGGGUCUCCCUCCUCAUGCUCGCAUACCACCUCGUCUUCGCCCUCACCGUCCUUCUGCUCAUCGUUGUCUUCAUCCCCAACGCGUCCGUGUCGGCCCCGCCCUCCCUCUCCUUCCUCCUCUUCCUUAUCAUCGUCGUCUUCGUCUUCCUCGGGAUCCACGUCUACAUCUCCGCGCUGUGGCACCUCGCCAGCGUCAUCUCCGUGCUCGAGCCGGUCUGCGGGCUCGCCGCCAUGGCGAAGAGCAAGCAGCUUCUCCAAGGGCGCGCCGGCACAGCUGCCACGCUCGUUGUCUCCUACUUCGCAGUGUGUGGCGUCACCUCGUUGCUGUUCCGUGCCGCCGUCGUGAAGGGGCGCGGCGAGGAGGGGAGCCUCGGCCUGGCCUUGCCCGGGCGGCUGCUUGUGGGCGCCGUGCUGGUGUGCGUUCUUGUCUGUGUCAAUUUGCUGGGACUGCUCGUGCAGAGCGUGUUCUACUACGCUUGCAAGGCCUUCCACAACCAGCAGAUUGACAGGAGUGCGCUGUACGAGCACCUUGGAGGGUACCUUGGGGAGUACGUGCCGCUCAAGAGCAAUAUCCAGAUGGAGAACCUUGAGAUUGGAGCUUAGGGGAAGGGUUAGCUGCUCACCUCUUUGAUUCAAACUAGCGGUGUCUUGUAGAUCUUACUCUAAAGACGAGUAUGGUUUACUAGAAUACUAGGAGCAAUACUGUAGUAGUUUGUAAUCUGUAAGUGACAACUUGCAGUAUGGACCAAUCUAUGGGAUGGAACAGAGAUGUAUAAACAAGGCUGCCUUUCGUUUCGCAAAAUCGUAGACUUGUUUACCUUGUUUUCGUGUGAUUCAUGUUAUUUUUCUUCA